AGAUACCUGUCUAUCCGCCUUUUAAAACUGCGUGGACGGUUGUUUAUUUUAGAGCCAGGGCAUACCUGUCCUAGUACACACUCUGUAAACACACAGAUAUCCUUCUCGGGAAUAGAACCAGGGACGUUUGGUGAAAAACUCGCACACAAAGAUGCAUCGGAAGAGGUUCAUACGGUUAGGCCUGGUCCAAAUGGGCCUAUCGCUGGUCGGGUUGUGUAUAGGACUGGGUGCAGUGUCCCUCGGCGUGCACGAAAUGUUGGGCAGUUUUUACCGGGUCUUCUUCGUCCUGACUGUGGCGUGCUUCAUGUUGGGCCAGCUGCUGUACUGUACGGCGUUCCUGGCCAGUAAUAUGAACAAACAGACGGCAGAAGCCAGGCGGAGAGCGAAGCUGCUAUACGUGGGGAUGUCCGUAUUCUCCAUGUUGGCCACCAUCACGUGCGCUGUCUGUAGUCUGGUCGGCUUCUUCAGGGGCAAGGAAAUGGAAUACCAGGACGUUUACUUCCAGCGGCGCAUCAGUGGCGGCGCUAUGGCGAUGUUCUUGGCUACGGUGGCCGUCGCGUUUCUGAACGCCACGGGAGCGUUCGUGGGCGCUCUGCUGGUGUCGCUGGACGUGUGCGUGUCCGUGCCGCCUCAGGGCGAGGGGGACCCCGAGGAGCGGCGGGAGUUCACCCGCUCCAGCAGCGAGAGGUCCUCCACCGAGAUGACUCCGCGAGUGGUCCAGGCCAGGUUCCAGGCCGUACCGACUCUCCGCCGCUCCAACAACGGCGCCUUCACCCUGCAGGGGGCAUACCGCGUCUGCCGUCUCCCGGGCAACCAGCUCGCACUCAUGCCUGAGGAGUCUUACCUGCCAGCGGAACUAGCCGAAUACGAGAUGAUGCCGUCUCCCUGGAGUUAUCCUCCCCGCCGCGGGGAGGCGCCCCCGUCCUACCACUCCCGGGUCGACUACUACGAGAACGGCACGGAGAACGGGUCGGUCCGGACGCCGCUCAGGCGAUCCAACGCCCCGUCAGAAGUCGACGUGGACCUCUAGACGUCACAACGUAACAAACGCUCUGAUUGGCCAGCAAGCGACGUAUGGGAGAAAAGGCGGCACCUCUUUCAUCUACGUCCUCUGAUUUUCCAAAGACUGGGAAGCCCUAAAUUAUUUUUUACUUCUUACUUUUUUUAGCACUUAUUUUCUAAUACGGUAACAUGACAGCUAAGCUGACUCUUGAUUGGUUAGCAAUGCAGAAACAUUCCGUAUAAAGUUAUUCAUUUUUUAUAUAAUCUACAUCUUCUCGACGACAGUAAUGCACAUAUUUUUUAUGUAUGUUAAAGGAAAGAGUUUAAUGUAAGGAGACAUUUUGUAUUUUUAUUUACAAAUAUCGUUCAGUAUUCACAUGGUACGGUGUUGUGGAGUGGGUGCAAGGGAACAAGAUGUCCUUGUAAAUAAGAUCAUACUAUACAGGAGGAAAUAUAUUUUAGUUCGUUUAUGUGUCAAAGGAUACACGUUCACUUGUCCUAUAGGACAACUUUCGUCGUCUACGCAAACCAUGUCAUUUGCAUAGAUGGAAAUUGUCCCUCUGGGCCACCGUACACUGACACUAGGUGUACACAGUAUCUGUUAUCUGACAAUUUUGGACAACUCUAGCAAAAGGUUACGUUAAGCAACGAUUUGAAACGUAUGUUGUUCCUGAAAUUCGGAAAUGGCUUCCAAGUUCAAGGUAUAGUAGGGCAGAUAACUGAAAUAAUCUUUCAAAUCGUGAUACAA